UGAAGUUGGACAGCUCCGCACAGUGAGGAGGUAAGGCUUUGUUGUGCUUCAUGUCAGGACGAUAGCAAAGCCUGUGGAGAUUUCUAAUUCGGUAAUAUCAACCUUAAUGUAGACGUGAAGGUAAAGUCAGCGUGCCGACCCUGUGAAACGAAGCCGACGAGAUCCUAAAAACAGAGUAAAUAAGGUCAAAGGCAGAAGGCAGCUGAAUAAACUGGCAGAGGCGAUCCCGUCCUCAACUCAGGGACAGCACUGACUGUGUGAAGGAGAGCAGGGUGAUAUUGGCUCCCCUGUUUGCUGAUUGAACCCCGACAACACAGCACCUCUUUAGUGAGAGCAGUUGGUCUGACGGGAAGAUAUCAUCAAUGUCAGCAGAGAAGAUGGAAACGACUGACAUCAUGUCCAACGGAGCAGGGCCAGUGUAUGAAGAGAAAGAGGAGACCCUCGGUCCUGAGGACUUGUCUGAGCUGCUGGCAGCUGGGACCAAGGAGGUUCAUGAGAAGGCUGAGAACACCCAGUUUGUCAAGGACUUCCUCAGGGGACGCAUUCGCAAAGAGCUCUUCAAGCUUGGUGCUGUGGCUCUUUACUAUACCUACACAGCCAUGGAGGAGGAGAUUGAAAAGAACAAGGACCACCCCCACUUUGCUCCUCUUUAUUUCCCUGUGGAGCUGCACCGCCAUGAGGCCCUGGCCAGAGACCUAGAGUAUUUUUAUGGUCCGGACUGGCAGAGUCAGGUUAGUUGCUCUCCAGCCACCCAGCACUAUGUGGACCGUAUUCAUCAGGUAGGCCAAGAGGACCCAGUGCUGCUGGUGGCCCAUGCUUACACCCGCUACAUGGGGGAUCUGUCCGGUGGGCAGGUGCUAAAGAAAGUGGCCCAGCGAGCCUUGAAGCUGCCCUCCACUGGAGAGGGCCUGGAAUUCUAUCAGUUCGACGCCAUCCAUAGUGCCAAAGCAUUCAAGCAGCUGUACCGCAGCCGGAUGAACGAGCUGGAACUGGACAUGGAAACAAAACAGAAGCUGGUGGAUGAAGCUGUCAAGGCCUUCCAGUUCAACAUGGAGGUGUUUGAGGAAUUAGAAGAGAUUGGUAAGACCAUCCAGGAGGAUGUUCUAGAUGCUGGCAUGCCUGUCCAUGGAGCAAUGGGUGGAGACAUCAGCAAAUGCCCCUACUAUGCUGCAAAAAUGGCGGCUAGUGGUGGGACAGCAUAUGUCUGUCAGCUAGCCAUGGCUGUGCUCAGACACCCAACAGGACAGGUCCUAUUUGCUACCUGGGUCGCAGCCCUGGCUGGAUUGGCUGCAUGGUAUCUCAUGUGAUCCAGUCCUCAGCCUCUGACAAAGCUGCUUGGAGAGAAACAUAAUAUGAAAGACAGGAUGGAGACUGCAAAAAUAACAAGAAACUAUAUGACCAUUAAGAUGUGAACCAUCCAGCUCCACACUUUGUCGCUACCACUCCUCCAGUGUUUUGAUCUCGCUACCUCCUUUGCACUAUCCCUCCAUACUAUGUAAUUCUCGUGUGGUCGGACAUGGCUCAAAACGUUUUGUUGUAGCUGUAUGAUUUUAGUUUUGUGAAGGAUUUUUAGUUUUGCCAUGGAAACAUUGCUGAGGAAUGCUUGAACUCUCACUUGAACCAUUUGCUGGUGUGAGUUACUUUUAUGAGCGUCAGAUUGGCAGAGAAAGAUAAGUCAAGGUUGCCUUUUUUUUUUUUUAACAAAACCCACUUAUAAACUGUAUUAUGCGACAUGAGGAUGCACUAGUUGAGCAUCAAAAAGCUUUCUUAAAAAUAGAAAAGUAUACUAUGCAUAUGUCAUGACAUAGUAGGACAACAGAGUAGGUUUUCUUCAAGUUCUUGAUUUUCCAGUGAAGCCUAUGUAUUUUCAUAAUGAAGUUGCAAGUAGAUUUGACAUAGGAAGAAGUGAGGUUUAACUUUUUAAUGCAGUGGCAAAACAGAUGAGGAAACUUUUGAAUGCAAACUUAUAAACGGUUCCCAUAGUUAAAAUAUGACAUUAUUUUAAUUUCUACAGCUUGAACACAGUUCCAAACUUCUUGAAAAGCUCAGCUUCACAAAUGUCUUGUAUGUGGUCGUUAAAAAUCCAUGAUCUCAUGUCAUAAACAUUUGGCCUCUACUUGUGUAGUAGAGAUAGGAGGUUGGAAUCAUAAGCAUUUUCCAAAAUAUAGCAUACCUACGCUAUCACUGUUUGAUGAAUACACAGAUUUCAGAUAGUUGUGAAUACACGUAAGGAUAUCUUUUAGUCAUUAUUGGAUCAGUAGGCAUCCAUGAGCCCAUGUGAUGUGUCACUAAUGGUUGUUCAAAUCUAUUCCUUUCUAUCUCAUAAUGAUGUGAUAGUGUACCUUUUUUCUCAACAGAUGCUUAAAAACUGCCUUUUUGUUAAUUGCAUUGCUGAGCUGAACCAUACCUGUCACACUGGCCUACAAUAGGACACGUGUGAUGGUUUAUUAAAACCACUUCAGGAUUUGUGAAAAGUAAUGCAGUGUAAGUCCCUUAGCAGCUCUGCUUUUGUUUUUAUAUCCAUCUCUUAUGGAUGUAACAAUAUGCACCAUUAAUACUGUGUGAUUAUUAUAGCUUUGUAUAAAUAAUUUUUAACCAGUAAUGUACAGCUUAGUUUUCUCAAUAUGAUUAAGGAAGGUAAUCCUAUACUGUGUACUAGUAAUGUAAAUGCACUUUUUUGCAGUUCAUGCUGAAUAUUAAUCAUGACAGUAAUGACAUUCCCUCAACUUUUCCGUUAUUCUUUUAAGCAAUUUCUCUUUUGAUGGGAGAUGUUGGAUACAGCACCAAAGCACAGUUACUGAUAUUUCACUUCAAUAAGGUUGCUCUGCUGUUACACACAACACAUUCACAUAAAAUGGAAGAGCAGUAUUACUUUGUUAGCAAAUCUUGUUUGGGCCAACUGAGUAUCAGAGUUAGUCUAAAGGGAUUUUGCAUUGUCAUAUAUGUGAGGUGUCACAAGUUCUGUAUUGCCAUCUACAUGGCAAUGUGAUUCACUGCAUUAAGAAUACAAAGGCAGGAACUGACCAGUAUAGUUUCAUAGGUUAAGGAGCAUUUUUUUUAAUUAAUGAAGCCAGUGUGAUGUGUUAGAGCGUCAUGAUUUUUUGAUAUAGUGAAGAAAUGGUUACUUGAUUCUCAGGAGUGGAUCUCAGUUGCAGCCACAGAUUAAACAAUCUGAGGCCUUGUCAUCAUGUCAGUGAGUGGAACUUCUCUGUUCUUGCAUGUUAAUGCUGCAAUAAAGACUACUCAUUAAGA